AUGGCUGACCAAAACGAAAUUGAUUUGGACUCUAUCAUAGAUAGAUUGUUGGAAGUGAGAGGUAGCCGUCCCGGCAAGCAAGUCCAGCUGCUGGAAUCCGAAAUUCGACAUCUUUGCACAAAGGCUCGGGAGAUCUUCAUCUCGCAGCCUAUACUUUUGGAGCUCGAAGCACCAAUUAAGAUUUGCGGCGAUAUUCAUGGACAAUAUUACGAUCUUUUGCGCUUGUUCGAGUAUGGCGGUUUUCCGCCAGAGGCCAAUUACCUCUUCUUAGGCGAUUAUGUGGACAGAGGUAAACAGUCACUUGAAACAAUCUGCCUUCUCCUUGCAUACAAGAUUAAAUACCCUGAAAACUUUUUCGUUCUCCGUGGCAAUCAUGAGUGUGCCUCAAUCAACCGUAUUUACGGCUUUUAUGACGAAUGCAAACGAAGAUACAAUAUCAAACUGUGGAAGACGUUUACCGAUUGCUUUAAUUGCUUGCCAAUCGCUGCUAUUAUUGACGAGAAGAUUUUUACUAUGCACGGUGGGUUAAGUCCCGAUUUGAAUUCGAUGGAACAGAUUCGACGCGUCAUGCGCCCUACAGAUAUUCCUGACUGCGGACUCCUUUGUGACCUUCUAUGGUCUGACCCCGAUAAAGACAUUACCGGGUGGAGCGAAAACGACCGAGGCGUAUCAUUCACCUUUGGCCCGGACGUUGUUUCAAGGUUUCUGCAAAAGCACGACAUGGACCUUAUAUGUCGCGCCCACCAGGUCGUCGAGGAUGGUUACGAAUUUUUCUCCAAACGACAAUUAGUCACCCUAUUUAGUGCGCCAAAUUAUUGCGGCGAGUUUGACAACGCAGGAGCCAUGAUGAGUGUUGACGAAAGCCUUCUUUGUUCAUUCCAGAUAUUGAAACCAGCCGAAAAGAAACAAAAGUACGUCUACGGGGGCAUGAGCACAGGCAGACCCAUUACUCCCCCCAGGAAACAAAAAAAGAAGUAG